AUGGGCGAGUUGAGCGACGUUGACCUCUGCGACCCUACUAGCAGCCAUGGUCCGACAGGAUCAGAUCACCCAGCGCUUGGAGCGAAAGCCAAGCCUGCGCCGUUGGCUACUAGCUCCAAGAAGUCGAAGAUUGGGAAGCGGUUCAAGUGGUCAGGCGAAAUGAUUGCAGGGCUGCUGAGGCUGCGUUUUGUGGACGGCGACGUCAAGCACCGACUUGAGAGUGCCCAGACGAAGACUCAGACGGCGCUAGCAUAG